AUCGCUUCCAAUGAGAGGUUGGAUUCUGGUUGAAGGUAUUUUUGAAGUCAUCGUCUGACCAUUCGAGUGGACCAUACUUUUGGAGAACUACCCAGUGUACUGCUGGCAAUUGCAGCGGCGAGUACGCAGGACGAGGAGAUGAGGAGAACACGGCCUGUUAAGAGUUGAAGAGCGCAGCGGAGAUGCCGAGAGGAAGCCAGUCUAGGAAAGGAGCCGUGGACUGACUUUGAUUGCGGUCUCAGCCAUGGCUUCUGAGGCCAUGGAGGACUGCGUGCAGGGGGCGCUCUCAUCUCUGUACCCACCCUUCGAAAGCACCGCCCCACCCCUCCUCUCGCAGGUCUUCACCGUGUUGGAGUCCACCUACCAGCAAGACAGCCUUCGCUACCUCCUGGAUUACUUUGUCCCCGCCAAGCACCUCCUUCACAAGCUCCAGCAGCACGCCUGUUCUCAGUACCUGGGCUGCCUGUUCCUCCACUCCGGCUGGCCGCUCUGUCUGGGCAACAAAGUGGUGGUCCAGCUCUCCACCCUGGACUGGAGACUGCUGCGCGGCAAUGACUUUUACCUGCAGGUGGUACCCUUCUCUACUCGCUGUCCCCGGUUGGCCCUCAAGUGUCUGGCCCCCGGGGGACGCACUGUUCAGGAAAUCCUCGUGCCUGAGUCUCAGCAUCCCCUUGUGUUCACCAGCGAGUGGUUGCACAGCAUCAACAAAGAACGGGGCCACAGGAGGGAAGCAGGUGGUGGUCUCGACACCUGCUUGGUGAGCACUUGUGACGGCGUGCUGCGCCUCCCGUGGAAGGAGGUGGUCUACCCCGAAUUCAUCCACGACCCGUCUGAGGAAGCCAGCCAGCAUCCCAAGCCUGAAGGCUACGUGUCCAAGGCUCUGUCCGAGGGCUGGUGCAGAGACUCCUGGGGCUGGGCUGAGGAGGAGGGGGAGGAAGACAAUGCCUCGCUGCCGGACGGCUUGGCCUCGGACCCUGCUCUUCCCCGGCGGCGGCGCAGCGAAGAUGGGCUUGGGCGGACUGCGAGACAUCCCGAGCUGGAUGGAGACUACGUGGAGCUGUUGGAGCCAAGAGGGGGACCGGAUGGAGGUGUUGACAUGAAGCACAGGUACUUGGAGAUGCACGGGAUAUGCAAAACAAAGACUUUGCCGCUUUGUAAGAGGACUAAUGCCAUCAAACUACGGAGAGGAAAGCUGCUGGGAUGCGGCCAGAUGGACAGCUCCGGUAGCUUUGGAAGCGUCUGCGGAGCUACCUCAAAUUUGACUGCCCCCAAAGAGAACGCACUUGUAGGAGUCACACGAACAAGCACGGCAACACAAUCUUUCCCGUGUCCAGCCCACGGCGACCUUGACGAUAAAGGCGGCCAUCUCAGCAAAGGAGAUGCAGAUGGACGAGGAAUGAGGUGCCCUGGCGUUGGGGGUGAGAUCAACAAGGGGACGCAGGCAAGGAGAGAAGACUCUGAGAGCACUCUAUUCCCCAGGGAGUUCCCCGACACAGGGGGUCAUGUGGUGGAGGGUUGCUCCGACCCGGGGUCCCACUCAGAUUCGGUUUUCGAGGACACGGACAAACCAGCCAGUGGAGACAGUGAUGCUGCGACGCCAACAGGGAACGUACCGGACACAACUUUUGCCGCUGUGGCUAGCGAUAGCAUGGAGGCUAGCAGUGGUGCAGUGGAUAUCAAUCAUGUGACUCCCAACGAUGCUACAAAGAAGACUCAAGAGUGCACGAGAGGCAAGGAAGUCAAAGCUUCUGGCUUCAGAGCUCCAAGGAGGAAGAGGAAGGGAAGGGGAGCCAAAGGGAGGGGUCGAUCCGGCGCUCGCGCUUUCCGUACUGGCUCCAAACCGCAGGGGAAAGCUACUCCUCAUCUGGACUCCGCUUUCUGCUCUGGCUCAACGCAGCAGCGGCAAAUCGCAGAGGAGGAGCGCGUUUCGGAACCGUCGUCCGAUGGCGAGUGCCUGUCUGAGAGCGGCGCAACCGGCAGCGCAGAGGCGGAAUCUCUGCCCAUCUGCAACGGCAUAUCAGCCGCAUUUGAGGAGGCAGAGUCGGGUGAAUCGUGUAAAGAGACUCGCUUGCUACGGGAAUUAGACGCAGAGCUCCUCCGGUCUGGACAGCUACGGCUGAUAGGUACGGUGGACAGAUUGGGACGCGCCCUUGUCAUAGCAGACAUUGGCGAUUCUGGCAGCAACGAGGAGAUGGCGCGCAUCCUGGCCUGCUACCACAGGAUCACACGGUGUGCAGCCAAAGAAAAAGGUCUGACGGUGUUGAUAGACAGCAGACGCUCGCCGCCGUCCUCGCUCUGCCUCUCGGCACUCAAGUUAUUCCAGCGGCUGGUUCCUGGUGGUCUCGGAGCGGUGCUUUUCUUGCUGGACAAGCAGCAGCCGUCUUGUGACCUGGAGACAACAGAGGUCCACAUGGUGCGAGGAACAGCAGUCCUUGAGCAGUUUGUAGACAGGCAACAGCUGCCCACAGAAAUGGGCGGUGACUUCAGCCACUGCCACUCCGACUGGCUCUCCUUCAGACUGAGCUUAGAGAGUCUGACUGAGCGCUGUGAGAGCGCCCUCCUCCUGCUGGAAGAAGCGCUGCAGUCGAUGGAUGCCGAGCCAACGGUUGACAAUAUCAAGGAGGUUUCGGCGAGCUCGGAGAAGCACCGACGCCUCAUGGCCAGCGUACUGGCCGACAACCGCUUGACUGAGCUUCAGCGAGGGGGCGGGGCCUGGCUGGCGGGAUUGACCAAUAGCGGGUUGACGCGGACGUCCCCGGAUUGCAGGGCCGCGCUCGCCAGCGCCUCCAUACUUUAUGACAGCGUGGACGAUGCCCUUCAUCGGCUGGUGCGAGUAUCCAACCGCAGGGCUCGCGACCUGGACGCGCUGGACCGACUGGCCGGCCUGGUGGACCAGCUGGAAAAGUGUGACGAGGAUAUGCGGCGAGUGCAGUCGCAGGUGCAAACCUACAAAGACCCGCCUCUCUCGCUGAGCAGAUUGUCGCUCCAGCAGCAGCAGUUCAAAAAGUUGCGAGAAACGGCAAACGAGCUGCACAGCCGGACUCUGUCUGUGCUCACCGACUUGGAGAAUUGGAGCGAGUUGGACUGGCCGGGCCUCAAUGACAUCCAGCUCCAAGUACCUACGUUCAGGGAGCGUCUGCGAGAUAUGUCCCACUGUCUGUCCGACCGCUGGACCUCCUUGGAUAACACGCAGCGGCUACUCUCCACCCUGACCGAAGCUUCUCAGUGGUGCGAUGAGGUGUGUUCCGCCUCGCCGGUCUGCUCCCUCGCCUCCCUCCCCCCCAUUCCGCCGUCCCGCUUCCAGGAUGCCCGCUCCUUGGCCGUGGACUUGGGCGGCGGAGAGCUGCUUGAUCUCUGGAGUCGUACGGUGGAGCGUUACCAGCAGACGGUCGCACAGGUCAAGCCACGCUUCCUCCAGUCCGAGCGAGCCCAAAACCAGAGCCAGGGGAAGGGCAAGACGCCGCUCACCGGUAACCUGUGGGAUGCGGACGGAGAGGGCGAAUGGGAACCCGGGGCCAGAGGAGGCGAGGGGGGGCUCCAGUCUUGGGGCUCACUGGCUUCGCUGUUCAGACCACAGACCUGCUCCACGCUGAAGAUAGGAGAUGAGAAGGGGUGCAAAAAGGAGAGCGCAGGGGGCGGAGGGAAGUUUCUGCAGAACCUUUUGAAGAAGAGCGUGAGCAUGCCCACAGAGGCGCCCCUCCCUCCCAAGCCCCCCAGAAAGAGACACCCCAGCUUCGACCUCCAGGCCCUCCUGGCCCCCCGCAGAGGUGCCGGCAAUCCCAAAACCCCCGAGUGCCGUACCUCCCCCAAGUCCUGGCUGGGACGCCGGGCCCUAGUGGACCCAGUGGUCACCACAGGCAUGGCCGCUGCCGUCCAAGGGGGAGGAGGGGUGUUGAUCAGGGGGGUGGAGGUCAGCAGUAAAGAAGUGGUGGACCACACGGGCUCUCCGCGGCAACAUGUGCUGCUGGGCAGGACCGAGAGGGAGAUGGGCACGGAACGGGCCGGAUCCACGGCUCAAAGCAAACUCUACCUGCUGUGGUGCAGGAUGCUGAGCAGCGAGCGACAGUACGUGGCCCUUCUCAAGGGGGUGCAGGAGAACUACCUCCCCCUGCUGGAACUUUCGGAGGCGCCGGAAUCUAUUCGAGGCAAGGCGGACGCCCUCUUCCCCGACUGGGCCGCCCUGAGCGAAUUCCAUUCGCAAAAUCUACUGCCCGCCAUGGAGGACGCGCUGGUGCAAAGCUUGCUCCAGCAGGACUGCUUCAGUAAAUUUCGGGAGCACUUCCUGCAUUAUUCUCACUACAUCAAGACCAAAGCGGAACCGGAUUCGUCGCUGGUCACACAAGCUGCAGACUUCUUCAAAUCCAAACUCCCCGCAACCGCCGCCUCCCCCUUGUCGCCUCUGUGCUUCCCUCAGUGCCUGCAGGCGCCGCCGCAGAGGUUGGAGCAGUACUGCGAAGUCCUUGAGGAGCUGGGUGCCAUCAACCCGACCUCUGACUCCACCCUCUCCUUCCUGAGACAAGUCCAGCAGAACGGCGAGGACCUGAGGGCCAGUGACCUCAUGAUCGGGUGUCCGAUUCCUGUGGAGGAACGAGGCGAGCUGGUGCGUCAGGGCGAGCUGACGGUGUGCGGCGGCACCCGACGGAAGCGCGUGGGCGUCAGGAGGGUCUUCCUCUACCAACACAUCAUCAUCUUCACCAAACAGAAGAGCGGAGGAGGUGGCGGCGGCGGCGGCAUUGGACCGGGACGCAUGACCUACAGCUACAAACACAGCAUGAAGACGGCCGACAUGGGCCUGACGCAGAGCCUGGGCGAAGACGGCGUCAAGUUUGAAGUUUGGAUACGACAGGCUCCUCGCCUCAGGGACUCCGUCAUGCUCCAGGCUCGGGACGAAGAGCAGCGCAAGGCCUGGACUCGGGACGUGGCUCGCCUAUUGUGGACGCACGCCAUCAACAACACAGAGUUGUGUCUGAAGGAGUCGCUAUGCGUUGGCGUGUCCAGCAAGCUGCUGCUGGACGCCAGCGGGAGUCAAACCACCGAGUUGGAGAGAGUGCACAGCAGCUGCUCUGACUCGUCGUCCGUCGGCAGCCACAAGGAGGGAGGGGGUUCCCCGGCAUCAGGGAGGGGCACCAGGAGGAGCUCCGCUAGCUGCUCUCAGGGUCAGUCACCCUCCACUGCCGUGUAGCUGUCCCGGCAGCCCAAGUGAGUGACGCUUCUUGAUCCACGUGGACCAGCUCGACGGCCACGUCACAUCUGCAGCAGCCAGACGCCACUGAAAGCGAGACCCAAACGCCAUCUUGGAUGCGCCAGUCUCGGCAGCUGGCAAAAUCCCGGAGGGUUCCGAAGCGGAUGGCGCCAACAAAGCGCCCAUUGUGCGCCAACAAAGCGAGCGCUCGGCCCGAACGGCCGCCUGCAUCACAUGACCCAGCUUUCUGAUGGUAAACAGGAAAUGGCGCGUAGCCUCCGGUGGCGCGUGAGACUUAGCAGGUGUCGUGGCUUCGAUUUUGAUAUCACGCUUCGGUGCUCUGCCCACUAGAGGCAUCAUCAUCAUCUUCAUCUUACACAAGCAUCAAAUGAUCAUUUGUGCGUUGUUGUGUGAAUAUUUUUCCUCUUUCGGGUCUGGGAUGCCUCCCUCUUGUACCACAUUCCUUGACACGUUUCUUGGACAUUAAAACUGGAUGGAAGUUAA